GCGACAUCUGGGGUGGGAAAGUGUACUACCUCAGGUAAGCCUUAAAAAAUCCAGGCUCCACUUCGCCCAAUCAAUUGCCUACUAUCCCACUUCCACCCUGCCAGUGUCUUUGCCUACCUCUCUAAGGACUUAGUGCGCCAGUCUUUCGGACUCAGAUGCGCCUCCCACUACUGCUCCCCACCUUCCGCCUUUCGUCAAUUCUACAAGUCUCCUUCUUCACAACAUCGCGUGCUUCUCUUUCCGCGAUCUUCAUAAGCCCAACGCCCGAGCUAUCACAGCCACACGCGUGCGAUCCCUCACGCUCUCGCGACUACGCUCUGCAGCGCAAACGAUACUCACAAAAUGUCUGGCGAACACGAGAACGGAAGCCCGUCUGCUGGCGGUCAAGAUGCUCCGCCCGCCGUCGAGCACCUGAACAUCAAGGUUACCGACAACAACAACGAGGUCUUCUUCAAAAUCAAGCGCUCUACCAAGCUGGACAAACUUAUGACGGCCUUCUGCGAGAGACAAGGCAAGGCUAUGAACUCUGUUCGGUUCCUAUUCGAGGGCCAGCGUGUCCAACCCACGGAUACCCCAGACACGCUCGAGAUGGCGGACGGAGACACUCUCGAGGUGCACCAGGAGCAGGUCGGCGGUUCUCUGUAGUCAAACGGAGGCAAGAAUAACGGCAAAAUACACGGUGGGAGUAGUCGAAGGAGCGAUGGAUUUUCUUGCUUCUUGAGAAGGCCUCGGCUGUCGCAAAUGGCGUACAUGGAUGCAACGGAUUCUCCCAACAGGGCCAUAUGAAGACAGUCAAUGACGAUUAUGACUU